AUGUUUCUAGCUUGUGGGUGCACAAAUAUUAUACCAUAUUUAAAAGAAGAAUCUGAUAUCGAAUUUUGGAUGUAUGUAGCAGAUCCUAGGGCAGAUCGGCAAACUCUACAAAACCUAUAUCAAUGGGAAUUACUUCAAAUGCAGGAUUCUCUACAUAAUAAUACAAAUAUUAGUAAAAGAGGUGUUGAAGGAAAAAUUCGAAUACUUUCUAUUAUUGCGCUUGACUUUAAUUAUCAAGUUCUUUAUAGAGAACUAGGUGUGGAUUUAAGAACUAUAUACAAAGCAAAAAAUCAUGCAUGUCUUUACGGUGCUGGUGCUCCACCUCUAGAAAUUCCUAAAAGAACAACAAAAUUAAUAGCCGACUUCAAAGAAAGACAGUUCAAAAUAUUUUUCUCUGAUAAAAAUAAUGUUACAAUGAGCUCUUAUAAGAUAGACCAAAAAACUAACUUGCCUAUCCUUUAUUUGCGCGAUAAUAAGACUGCACUUUGGAAAAAUAUUAAACGGUAUGUUCGAGUUGGAUUUGAUGUAGUUGAAGGCAAAGAUAUAGUAAAAGCGGCGGAGGGGCUAGCUGGAACUUCAUUAGCACAAAUUAUAAUAGAUCAUGACGAUAGAAAUAGUGAAUCUGAAACUGAGGAUGUGAGAUCAAAAAAAAAAAAAAAAGGAAAUUCAUGUAGUAAAAAACCAAAGAUUAAAACAAUACCAGGGAUAUCGAAGUUUUACUGUUGGGAAUGGCCAACGGAAGGACCCUUAGCUGGAUUUAUUCGUGCUAGAGGAUUACCACAUGCGGGCACAUGGGUGAGCUUUUCUCCAUCCGAAAUUUCCAAAUUAUCUAAUGCACCUAUUAUUCGCCCAAAGCCGAUAACUUCGGAACAUACAAACCCAACAUCUGAUUGGACCAUGCCAAUCCCGACGAUUCAAGCUCCUACCAAUAAUAAUCAAAUAAUCGAGAUGGAAGACAUUACCAAUUCUAAUAGCGAGGACAACGACCAAAGUUCUGAGAUGGACGUUGAAGGUUUUAUUAAUCUUACUGAUGACUAUCAAGAAGGCCAUGGAAUGGAAGUUGAUGAAGAAUUUCAAAUGUCUCCUGGCUGGGCGUUCCCAGCAAACGCCAAAUUCGGAAAAAAGGGCGCAGGAAAAAAAAUUAAAACGAAGGUUGUUAAUUUGCUAAAACAAUUUUUUUUAAAUGGAAAUAUAAAUCCAAAAGAUAAACUGACAGCUCAAGAAAUGCAUAUGGAGCUUAUGGAGUUCGCACGAACCGGAGAAAUUGAUAAUGACGACAUCCCUCAAAUAACUACAAUUCAUAACUGGAUUGGAAGAUAUUCGAGAGAAUUUAAUCAUGAAGGAACAAUCAUUGCACUUGAAACAUUCACGCAAGUGGCUCUUCCUCAAAUGACUAAUAUCAGUUGUAAACCAAACGUCUAA